AUGGAUGCGUCGACGCAAACAAUGAAUGCCAAUGCCAAAGUGCAUUUUGGCAUGCAAACGGGCGAAAUUGGCUUCUGGGAACAAUCAGAGCAGUUUGAAUCGAUGAUAAAGGAGGUAGAGCGAUCCCAGAACAAACGAAAUACCCUGAAAAAGAAAAAAAAUGCGAAACAAUCGACGGGGACUCAGACUGCGCCUCCCAAGAAUAAGGGAACGCAAGUUUUUAUGUGGCGUCUGAUUCCGGCUGAUAUUCCCGAGAACCGGAGGUCAAAUCGCGAGAGAAUGGAGGAGUUUUUGCAGAAAUGCAAAAAUUUCGAUAAAGUUUUCGAGGAGAUGCGUACUCCGGAAAUAUUAUCUCCAAUCCCAGACGUCGCAGAGGAAAAUUUCAAAUUGCCGAUGCCCACGGAGGAGUGGACACGAAGAAAAAGGGAGGACGAGAAACAAGAACGAGAGAGAUAUAGAAAAGAAAUCGAGAAAAAUGGGAAGCAAUGGACAGAUUGGAAGAUAGGAGAGUUUCAUUGGGAAUACGAGGGAAAGGAAAACGAAAGGCUAAACGAUAAUGAAGACAAAAAACGAAGAAGGAAAAGGGAAGAUGACAGCAUUAAGAAGGAAGAAAACCUCAAGAAAAUUAAGAGAGAAGCAAACAAUAGAAAAAACGAAAACAUCGAGCUAAAGGAAAAAGGAACGAACAUCAAGAAAGAAGAAGUGAACGUAGAAACAAGGCAGACGGAGAACAUAGAGUUAAAGAAGGAGGAUUCAAACAAGAACAAAAGCAGCGAGGGAAAUAAGAAUCAGAAAAUUAAUGAGGAGGACCUGAAGACUUUGGACGGAAAAAAGUGGCUGAACGACGAGGUUAUCAACAGAUAUUUUGAGCUUAUCUUAAAAAAAAAUCAAAAAACGUUCGCCUUCGGUACUUUUUUCUUCUCAAGACUGAUAUCAGGGGGAUUUUCGGCAGUCCAACGCUGGACGAAAAAAUUUAAUAUUUUCGAUUUCGACCUCGUUCUGAUUCCGUUGCAUUUGGGAGCACAUUGGUGCCUUGCAACCAUUGAUCUUAAAACUAAAAAAAUUCAAUAUUUUGAUAGUUUGAUGGGCAAAAAUCGAGAGUACGCCACGAUCAUUUUUGAAUAUUUAAUAAUGGAGGCAGCCAAUAAAAAACAGAGCUCGUUCGACCCAAAGCAGUGGUCAAUUGUAAUAAAAAGGGACAUCCCGAAACAACUUAAUAAUUUUGAUUGUGGGGUUUUUGUUUGCUCUUUUGCCGAGUAUGAGGCUUCAGGGCGUGAAAUCGAUUUCUGUCAAAAAGACAUGGCAGCCAAACGUCAAAAAAUAAUAAGAUCCUUAAUCGAAGGAAAAUUAGAAUAA